AAUCUAGUGAAAGAGAGGAGGAGGUAAUGGGGAGGAGGGAAAGAGGCGAAUGAACCAACGAGGAAGAAGAAAAUAAAAGAAGAGAUACUUUUAUAUAAAAAGCUUUCUCUAUCUAGCUGUUAGCUUCACUUCUUGUCUGAUAAAACACACAGACUUGGAGAGUGAUAGAUUGAGAGAUCUGUGGAGAGAGGAGUCCUCACUUCUUAUCCCAAUCUCUUACUUAAAAUCUUCAUCUCAAAACAAAAAAAUUCUAAGUGAGGUCUAUAGAAUCAUGAAGAACGGGAAGCAAUCUUCGCAACCCGAAAAAGGUUCUUCUAGGAUCUUAUCACUCACAGUUCUGUUCAUCGCUUUGUGCGGUUUCUCCUUUUAUCUCGGUGGUAUGUUUUGCUCUGAGAGAGUCAAGAUCGAAGCCAACGACGUCACAAGCACCACUACAAAGGCUGUAGCUUCCCCUAUGAAACCAACAGUUUCGCCUCUACAAAUCAAAUCCGUCUCUUUCCCUGAAUGCAGCUCAGAAUUGCAAGAUUACACACCCUGCACCGAUCCAAAGAGAUGGAAGAGGUACGGUGUACAUCGCCUAAGUUUCUUGGAGCGUCACUGUCCUCCAGUUUACGAGAAGAACGAGUGUUUGAUCCCACCACCAGACGGGUACAAACCGCCUAUAAGAUGGCCGAAGAGCAGAGACCAGUGUUGGUACAAGAACGUGCCUUAUGAUUGGAUCAACAAGCAGAAAUCAAACCAGCAUUGGCUCAAGAAAGAAGGUGACAAGUUCCAUUUCCCUGGUGGUGGCACCAUGUUUCCACGUGGAGUUAGUCACUACGUUGAUCAGAUGCAAGAUCUGAUUCCCGAGAUGAAAGACGGUACAGUCAGGACCGCCAUUGACACUGGCUGUGGGGUAGCGAGCUGGGGAGGUGAUCUUUUGGACCGUGGGAUACUAACAAUCUCUCUGGCUCCUAGAGAUAACCAUGAAGCUCAGGUUCAGUUUGCUCUUGAACGUGGGAUCCCUGCUAUUCUCGGUGUUAUCUCUACGCAGCGUCUCCCUUUCCCUUCAAAUUCUUUUGAUAUGGCCCAUUGCUCUAGAUGUCUCAUUCCCUGGACUGAGUUUGGUGGGAUCUAUUUGCUUGAAAUUCACCGGAUAGUCCGACCUGGAGGUUUCUGGGUUCUCUCAGGUCCACCAGUGAACUACAACAGACGGUGGCGCGGAUGGAACACAACCAUGGAAGAUCAGAAAUCAGACUACAACAAGCUCCAGUCACUUCUAACCUCCAUGUGCUUCAAAAAGUACGCACAAAAAGACGACAUAGCCGUGUGGCAGAAACUCUCAGACAAAUCUUGUUACGACAAGAUCGCGAAGAAUAUGGAAGCUUACCCUCCAAAAUGUGACGACAGCAUUGAACCUGACUCUGCUUGGUACACUCCCCUCCGUCCCUGCGUGGUUGCACCGACUGCUAAAGUCAAGAACUCUGGACUCGGGUCGAUACCGAAAUGGCCUGAGAGAUUGAACGUAGCACCGGAGAGGAUCUCUGAUGUUCAUGGAGGGAGCGCUAGUGGUUUGAAACACGAUGAUGGUAAGUGGAAGAGCAGGGUUAAGCAUUACAAGAACGUGUUACCAGCUCUUGGGACAGACAAGAUAAGGAAUGUUAUGGAUAUGAACACGGUUUAUGGAGGCUUCGCUGCUGCUCUUGUCAAGGAUCCUGUUUGGGUCAUGAACGUUGUCUCGUCUCACAGUGCGAAUACGCUUCCUGUUGUCUUUGAUCGUGGUCUCAUCGGCACCUACCACGAUUGGUGCGAAGCUUUCUCUACGUAUCCAAGAACAUAUGAUCUUCUUCACCUUGACAGCCUUUUUACACUUGAGAGCCACAGGUGUGAGAUGAAGUACGUUUUGCUGGAGAUGGACCGGAUAUUGAGACCGGGUGGAUAUGUAAUAAUGCGAGAAUCGAGUUAUUUCAUGGACGCAAUCACAAUGUUGGCCAAGGGGACGAGGUGGAAUUGUCGGAGAGAGGAGACUGAGUAUGCCGUGGAAAGCGAGAAGAUUCUGGUUUGCCAGAAAAAGCUUUGGUUUUCGUCUAACCAAACCUCUUGAUGAGGCACUAUACCAAAGUUUAAACCGAAGAUGUUGGAUUAAUCUUAGUUCUCAUGAAUCUCAUGGGAUGUAUACUCUUCUGAGGUGUUAAGAGUAAAGAAGUUUGUGAAACUUUGAGAUAAAGAAGAAAGCUUGUUUUACUGAA